GCGAGUUUUCAUGUCGCAUCAAGGACGAUACUCAACGGCCUCUAUUUUCUAAAGGCCCGAUGGCAUGGAGAUGUCUCCACUGAAGCGUCCAAGCGAAGAUGCAGACCACGAGGAAGGGCGGCGGCCUGCGCCACGCACGCCGAGAAUAAGAGCUUGCGCAGAGUGCAAGAGGCACAAGAUCAAGUGUGAGCCCGUCGACAAUGAGGCCAAAUGCGCAAAAUGUCUGAGGAGCGGCACCGAAUGCGUGCCGUACAACAUCAACCAGCGCAUUCUCGACGAAGAUGCUGCAUGGAAGGCAAAUGCGACAGCUGAGAUAGGGCGGCUGCGCUCCGCUGUUCAACGCCUGCUUCACCUCAACAAGCUCCCGGACCUGGACAGCCCUCAGAUGGAAUCUCCCCAGCCGCCGUCGGGCCAGACGGUGACUGUGACGCCGACAAACGUCGUGUCUGAGAAUGGCCACACGACCCUGGUUGUUCCGCCGCCCAUGGACAUGACGCGCGACAACUCGGUCGAGCGCGAUUCCGGCGAGGAGUCGGGCCUGGUGACGGCGCCCAUGAGAAGCCUGUACGACCUGACGCGGAUCCGGAACCUUCGGAGCAGUGCGCGAUGGAAGCCCAAGUCCAACUCUGUCGAGGAGGACUUUAUCGCCCAGGGUAUCGUGUCCCUGCAGGAAGCCGAGGAACUCUUUCAGCGGUACAUGCAAGAUAUGCGCCUUUACCUGUGGGCCGGCGUGCUCUUUCCUUACGACUCUCUCAUGGCAGUACGCCGUCACUCUACGCUGCUGACUGCAGCAGUCCUGACGGUGUCAGCGCUGCACACGCCUGGACGAGACGAAGCUCUGCAAAAGUGCUACAACAUCUUUGUCUCGCUAGUCUACAGUGCUACGCUGGCGCGGCCCCAGAACCUCGACGACAUACGCGCAUUGGCUCUUGCCGCCUUCUAUCUCUCGAAUCUGAGCUGGAAACUCGCCGGCAUCGCCGUUAGGAGCGCCGUAGAAAUGAAUCUGCACACGGCCUACCAGAAGCUCAUGCGCGGCCACGAGGACCAGCGCGACAACGUCAGGCUCUGGUUCGCGCUGUACGUGUGCGACCACCAGUUCAGCAUUGCGUACGGCCGGCCGUCGAUGAUCAACGACGACGUGGCAGUCAAGAACAUUGAGCGCUUCCUCGACAGCCCCAAGACGACGCCCGGCGACAUUCGACUGGGCGCCCAAGUCACGCUGUUCAAAAUCCUAACCGAAGCCUACAUUGCGUACGGCAGCGACCCCGAACAGCCCCUUACCGAGCCCGACUUCCAGCAACUCCGCCUCUUCAACUUUGCCAUUGAGCAGUGGCGCCUGGCGUGGCAAUCCAAGUCGGCCGACAGCCCAGCCAUCGGGUCGUACCCGUCCAAAGGCGUCGUGUUGUACUACCACUUUGCGCGGUUCCAGCUCAACUCGCUGGCGCUGCGAGCGCUGCCCUCGCCCAGCGCCGCGACCUCGGAGUCGCUGUCGUACGACCGGCGCGAAGCCGCCAACAUCGCCAUCACAGCCGCCACGAGCAUCCUAACGCUGAUCUUCGAGGAGCCCGACCUGCGCCGCGCCAUGACGGCCGUGCCCAUCUUCACCCACACCAUGGUGGCCUUCAGCGCCACCUUCCUCCUUAAAAUCGCAAAGACGUGGGGCGGCGUCGCGCAGGUCCAGUCACCCGAAUGGCCUACCGAGCCGCUCGGCCUCGGCCUCAACUUCAACAUCAACCAGGUCUUGUCGCUGUCGCGCCGCUCCGCCUCGUUCCUGGCUAAAGUCGCAAACAACCUCAGCGAGAAACACAUUACGCGCCAUAUCGUCCAGGGCAUCAACGACCUGCUCCAGCGCAUCGAUGUCGCAGGCACCCCCGCGCCAUCGACGGGCCACCCGCCCUCGACAACACCUCACCACAACCACAACCACCACCACUAUACCACGACGACGGCAACAGCAACAGCAACAGCAAUAGCACCUUCACCAGCAACAUCGCAGAUUUUCGAUCCCGUAAAGUCGGUCACGACAAGCCACGAGGUCAGUGCGAGUAGCAGUGCUGAUCCCGUAAACGAGUACAACAUGUAUGAUUUAAUUGGUUCGUAUGGGUUUGGAUUUGACGAGACUUUCUUGGGUCAGGUUGCACCGACUAAUCUUGGGUUUUGGCAAACUGAGCCUUUUUGA